AUGUGUCCACUAAGGUUCAUAUUGAUCUUCUUUUCUGCCGUGCUGGCCGCUUAUUUGGCCUGGACCACCAUGAGCUCCACCACUCUGGAGAUUGAUUUCACUUCUGGCAACCAUAAAGAUAAAUCCUCCUCAGAUAAAGAUAACUUCAGUAUCAUAAAGAUGAUCAAGAAUGGAUUAUGGGCACUCAUUGACAUGGCCAGUGGAAGGUACCUUUGGAAGUAUUUGAAGCCAGCAAAUGAUCAUGUCCAACUACAGAGCUCUUAA